GUCGAGCCGCAUCCCCCCUUGUUCCGGACGGAACUCCGGCCUCCGCGCAUCCUUUACGCAAACUGAACCCGGUACCGGAUGAAAGGACGAAAAUGGAAGAAUGGAGGGAUUUUUUUUUUUGGUACAGUUAAAGCCUACACGUAAUUGGGACUGAACAGCUCUGCGUAAUUGGCCAGCGGAAGUUUGUGAGGCAGCGCGCGCAGUCCAAGCAACUUUGCCAAGGUCUAUUUUUAGAAUCGUUUAGUUUUUUUCUUCUUUCUUUUCUUUUAUCGCUGUUAAAAUACAACUAGAGAAAAAGAAAGUCAAGUAGAUACACGUCCUAAAAUGUAUCCGUAGGUGAUGCGUUUUAACGGGAACGUUUCAAGCGCAAAGCAAAAGAUCCGCCUUUUGACGCCGGGGGUUUUUAUUUCUGUCAAUGGAGAGCAAAUGAGACGCUUAUUUCCACGGUUUGAUUGACAGCUCGACGACAGGCAGGAUGCGGGAGAGGGAGCUGUGGUGCGUGGGCAAGAGAGUGCUGCUGCUUGGCGUCUGCCUGCUGUCUCUAUGGGGGCAGCUGAGCCUGGCCUCCUCACACCGCAGCCACAUUGUACAUGUCAAGGCAGGAACCUGUGAGGUCAUAGCAGCGCACCGUUGUUGUAACAAGAACAAAAUCGAAGAGCGUUCUCAAACUGUCAAGUGCUCCUGCUUUCCCGGACAAGUCGCCGGCACCACCAGAGCAGCCCCCUCCUGUGUGGAUGCAUCUAUAGUAGCACAGAAGUGGUGGUGCCAGAUGCAGCCCUGUAUGGAGGGUGAGGAAUGUAAGGUGUUGCCAGAUCUUAAAGGUUGGAGUUGCAGCACUGGGAACAAAGUCAAGACGACCAGGGUCACACGGUAGUCUGGGUUAAGGAUAUCUGGAACCAUCACUUUAGAUCAUAUAAUGGAAAUGCAGGAACCAGGACUUGAAGACUGCUUGAGGACAGUGAAAAUGAUGUAUUUGGAUUUCAGUGGAAUAUCAAUAUCUUUAUGAAUGGAAACUCUCAAACAGAACUUCUUUGCUUUCUCCGGGACAGCCUUCUAAACGUUCAUUCAUGUUUUAUAAAUACAGAACAAGAACUUUCAUCUUGUAACAUUUCGUGUUCACCAAGACCUAGACAUACUGACAAUACAGCAGUAUGCUAAUCCAGAGAUGUCGUGACACUCUACAGAACUACCGAUCCCAUUUUUCUUUCUUUCCUUCUUUUUUCUUUUUUUGAGAUUACAUCAGGCUUGAAAAGUUCAUUAACUAUUUGAAGUGUAUGUGUUCCACAUCUGAUUGUGUUCCCUUAUCCAUCCCCUAACAUUUAACGCUUCUUUCUUCUUUUAUAGAAAGAUUUUUGAUCUUUGUGAGGUGUUUACUUUUAAGGACAAACUCAGAGCACUUCUGUUUUGAAAUGAACUUGUGCCAUUGAAAGAAGUACAUUAAGUAUUAAAAAAAUUAUAAGAAGUCUAAUCUAUGAUGGUUGGAGUGUGGCACUGAAAAUGAAUAGAACUUUGCAAUCACAGAUUUGCUGUUU